ACAGAGAUGCGUUGACAAGGAGUUUAGGAACUACCUGAGUAACUAAUGCCUAGCAACGCAGUCAUAGUAUGUAACCAGUAGUCAUUGAGUUUUGCGUAAUACUCCUGUCUUCCCUUCCACUGUUUUAAUUCCAUAUAUUUAAUUUUCCUCGCCAUGGCAACCAGCAGGGGACGAGUUAGCCAGGGGGACCUCGGUGCGUUCGAAAUCGGGAAAGCCAAAUUCAAGGUGCCGCCGAGCCUGCGCUUAGAGCGCGACAUCAAGAGCUGCAAAUUGUUCCAGGAGAUGCAGCACCACAUGGAUAAGAUCAACAGUCUGAAACUCUCUAAGGAGAUGACACGGGAUACUUUCGAGGGGGCGGCCAUGACACAUGAGAUGCAGCUAUUAAAGCACGCAGAGUUCGUAGAGAAGAAGCGCCGUCAGCAGCUGCGGCAGGAUUGCGAGGAGCUCCGCGAAUUGGCAGAGCAACUUCGCCUGGCCGCCAUUUCGAAGCAGAUAGCCGAUGACCUGGCGGAACGGGAGCGCGCACGGCAGCUAGCUGUACAGGCUAAGGCACAGGAGGUGUCCGAAGACCGCGGCUUGCUGGAGGCGAAGCGGCGCGAAGAAGAAAUGGCCCGCAAGGAGCAGCAGCGUUGCCUGCGCGAAUCGCUCGUCAGCCAAAUGGAGGAGAACCGCUUACGUCGGCAGGGCCAGCACGCACAGGGAAUGAACGACCGUGAGCUAAGCCAGGCCAAACAGAAGCAGAUCCAGGAGGAGGAUCACGCCAUUCAGAUUGAACUGGAACAGCGAAAGGUGCAGAAACGCCAUGACAUGUUGCGGUCUAUCGAGGAGAACAAGCAGCACAGAGAGUGGGAACGGGCCCAGAAUCUGCAGGAGCUGGGAAAACUCCUGGAGAAGCAGUCGGAGAUCGAAAACAGGAAGCAGCAGCUGGAGGAAGAACGCAUUCAGGUACAGCGAAAGAAGCAGGAAAUCAGCAUUCGCUUGGGCGAGCACGUCCAACAGAUCGAGAACCAGAAGCGCCAUCGAGACAACCUCUUGCAGGAUCUGCUGGAAGCGGAGUACUUGGCCAAGAGUGACGAGCGCUUCCGCCAGCAGAUUCAGCAGGAGCAGAUGUACCGGCGGCGCACCAAGCUGGAAAUGGACCGCUAUCGUUUGGAACAGGAGCACCGUAAGAUGGAGGAGAUGCAGCUGAAGCGCGCGGAGAUAGAGACCCGCCAGCAGGAGGUGUCUGGCACACAUGUGGAGGCCGAGAAACAACUGGAGAACUACCGCCAGCGUAGGGCGCACGGGGCAACCCUGCUGGCCAUGAUGGAGGAUAAUCAGCGCAAACGAGCAGAGGCCACCGCCGAAACUGUGCAGUACUUCGACAUGAAGGCCAAGUCCGAUGCCGAAUUGGAGGAGCGGGUCAAGCGGGAGCGGUUGCUCAUGUUGGGCCAGGUGCCGGCCCCUGUACUCCGUUACCUGCCGAAGCAUGUUCUGACCUCUACGGAUCGCGAGCACUUCUUCGUCUCGCAGCAGGCGAUGGGUAGCGGUGAUAUGUAGCCUGUGCUGGGGCCCUGUAAUAACCAGACAUUUCAAAUCUGCGUCCACCCGCCACCCAAAUCCGCGUACGUGACGUGUAUCACCGCGGACUGGGCGAUGUUGCCAGACUGUGGCGACUGGAAACUAGUUCCACAGUCAGCCAGAAAAUUAUAUUAUUCUGUGGUGCGUUAGAUUAGAAAUGAUCUAAAACAAACACUUAAAAAAUACAACUAUUAAAUUAAAUACAAUAAGUUAAAAAAGAA